UUGUAGUGCCUUAUUAUGAUUCUAGCACUCCACUCAGUUUCUCUAUCUCUCAUUCACGAUCACACAGUCUUCUUAAGUGAAACUUAAGCCCAUAUUCAGAGUGUGGUGACAGGUGAAACUGACUAAAGAUGAAGAACAUUGGCAAUGUGAUGCAGGGUUUGAAGCCAACCUUGCUAAUGGUGGCGGUGCAGAUAGUAUUUGCUGGGGUGAAUGUGCUCUACAAGCUCGCUGUAAAUGAUGGCAUGAACUUGAGAGUGGUUAUUGCCUACCGCUUUAUAUUCGCCACUGCUUUCAUAGCUCCACUUGCUCUCAUCCUUGAAAGGAAGAACAGGAGCAAGAUGACAUGGAUGGUGCUGUUUCAGUCUUUUCUGUGUGGUUUAUUUGGAGGAGCAUUAUCUCAAAACUUCUACUUAGAGUCUCUAGCUUUAACUUCGGUAACGUUUGCAUCCGCCAUGUCCAACCUUACACCAGCCAUAACCUUUAUCAUGGCUGCUUGCUUCGGAUUGGAAAGUUUAAAUUUGAAUACGGUAGCAGGGAAGGCUAAGAUAGUGGGAACAAUAAUUGGAAUUGGAGGGGCAAUGGUACUGACUCUGGUUAAAGGCAUGGAAAUUAAAAUUGGUUCCUUCCACCAUGUACACCUUUUGCAUCACCAAAACGGCGCGCAUCCACACGGUACUAGCACCGGUAAGAACCUUUUGGGUGCUCUCUGCGCUCUAGCCGGAAGCAUAUCUUAUGCAUUAUGGCUUAUUAUUCAGAAAAAAAUGACUCAAAGCUACCAGAAUCAUUACACAAGCACUGCAUUGAUGUCAUUUUGGGCAUCAGUGCUAUCCAUUGUGUUUGCUCUUUGCAUUGAAAGAGAUUUGAGCCAGUGGAGGCUGGGUUGGAAUAUUAGGCUCCUAACUGUUGUUUAUGCGGGUACAUUGGUUUCUGGACUGGUGGUGGUUGUAAUGUCAUGGUGUGUCCAAAUGAGAGGUCCAUUGUUUGUCUCUAUUUUCAGUCCUCUGGUUCUUGUGAUUUUGGCCUUUGUUUGUUCUCCUUUAUUGAACGAGAACCUAUACCUUGGAAGCAUCAUUGGAGCAGUGUUGAUUGUAUGUGGCUUAUAUGCGGUUAUAUGGGGUAAAAGCAAAGAGAUGAAGAUGACUCCAUUGGUGUCUUCAAAUGAAUCUGAUGCAGUUGAAAUAGUGUUGAGGUGUAAAGGAUCACAAUCAGAAGAGAAAAGCAACAACAAUGGUAUAGUAUAAGUGAUUAGGGAUUGAAUAUGUCAAAAGCAACAGGGAAUAUGCAAAUAAUGUACACAGCUUAGCAGCUCAAAGUUAGGCAUGUAUAUAGGUGACAUAUUCACCUGAAUUGAGCAAAAGCUAAAACACAUGAUGGAAGUGACUGAGUGAGUGGGAGGUGAUAUAUACUACCAAAUGAAGGAAAGGAAAUAUUCCCCAUAAUAUGCAUUCAUAAAAUAACAUAUUUGGUAUGUGAUUGAGGAUGAGAGGUUCAGUUCUCAUCUUAGUUGCUAUUUUCACUUUCCCUAGAAUUAACUAAUAUAUUCCUUAGUGGUACU